AUGUACAAAAAUGGGAAUACCUCUAAUGGAAAAUCGUUAACAGGAAGAAGAACCGCUACGUCUUCUAAACCAAACCAGAGCUUCGCCAUUUAUAAAACAAAAGUUAAGCAACCAGCUGUCCUUAGACAGAAAACUUUAUCUAGUUUUUUCUUCAAAACAGGUUCGCAAUCUCCAAAGAAAGCCUCACACACUCAUAGUCUCACGGAAAUAGUUCGUUCCUCAGAAAUAGAAAGCUCGUCUCAAGUAUCUCAUGAGAAAGAAGGUGAUGUUAAUCAUCCGAUUGAUUUAGAUAGAUUUAGUGGUCAAAGACCAUCUUUACUUUUUGAUUCCCAAGGAUCUUUUGAUGAAGAAUGCGACCCUGACGCAGAAAUAAAAAAAUUAAUAAACGUUCCAAAAUUGAAUAAUUUUAAAGAAGUAACAUUAUCAAGAUCGCCUAGUUUCCAAAGGUCAACAAGUUCACUCAGUCACCACGUAGUUGAAAAUGACACAGACGAUGAUAAUGAUUUGAAAGAUAUCACAAAAAUUAAAGCUGGAUCUCGUCAAUUAUCAUUCACAAGCACACAGUCAGCAACACUUGCUUCUGAAAACACUCAAUUAAACUUUUCUCAAAGCACACAAACAUCUAUAUUAAGUCAAUCUACUCAAGUUCAACGAUCAUCUAAAAGGUCAAUCUCACCAACAAGGACUUCCUCAUUCCAAGGAUUGAAAUUAUCUGCCCCAAAGAGAAUAAAACCAAUAGUAAGACAAAAAUCGUCAUUGAGUUCAACAGCUUACGGUAGAUUAACACAAGAAUUCAAAUUAACGAAAGAACAAGAAUUGGUAAUUGAUCUUAUUAUUCGUAAGCGCCUCAAUGUAUUUUAUACAGGGUCAGCUGGUACAGGUAAAUCAGUGAUUUUGAAAACAAUCAUAUCCAAAUUAGGAUCAAUCCAUGGUAAAGAAGCCAUAGCUAUUACUGCUUCCACUGGGUUAGCUGCCACUACUAUUGGUGGGACUACUUUACAUAAAUGGGCAGGUGUCGGAUUAGGUGACAGGAGCGCAGAUCAAUUAGCGAAUAGUAUUCAAAGAAGAAAGGAUGUCUUAAACUCAUGGAAAAAUACUAGAGUCUUAAUUAUUGAUGAAAUCUCAAUGAUUGAUGGGCUGUUUUUAACUAAAUUGGAAACCGUUGCUAGAACUGUUCGGAGAAGUAAUAGACCUUUUGGUGGAAUUCAAUUAGUUUUAACUGGUGAUUUUUUUCAAUUACCACCUAUUCAGAAAAGAGAUAGUCCAGUGCUUUCACAAUUUUGUUUUGAAAGUAAAAUGUGGUCACAAUGUAUUCAAAGAACUAUUUUGCUGACCAAAGUCUUCAGACAGCAAGAUAACGAAUUAGUUGAUAUUUUGAAUUCUAUUAGAUUCGGUGAAAUUGAUCAAACUAUGGCUGCUCAGGUUUAUAAUCUGAAAAGAAAAGUUAAUUAUGAUGAUGGUAUUGCUCCAACAGAACUAUAUGCAACAAGGAGAGAAGUAGAAAUAUCAAACAGUCGACAAUUGAAAGAAUUACCAGGUAUUGAGCGUAGGUACGAAAGUGAUGAUGCAGGUACUCCAGAGCUCAUAAAAUUAUUAGAUUCCUCUCUAAUGGUAGAGAAAAUAAUUACGUUAAAGGAAGAUGCCCAAGUCAUGAUGUUGAAAAAUAAGCCUGAAGUAAAUUUAGUUAAUGGGUCAUUGGGGAAAGUCUUGUUUUUCACCACAGAAAGGUUAUAUAGGAAGAUGAUGGAACUUUAUCGUGGAGUAGAUGAUGAUGUAAUAAUAGAUAUGAAAAUGGUUAGCCGAGCCAUUGGCGAGCGUACGAUUUUAGAUAAUAAACAAUUCUCUCAAGAUGUUGCAUCGCGACCAAGGAAGAGAUUACCAAUAUUACAAGAGCUUAUUAACCUUGCUAUGACGGAAACACGACGGGAAGAAGUCUUACCGUUUGUUAGAUGGUCUGUCGGACAAGGUAAAGUACACCAUGAUAUAGUUUUGCGUGAUGUUUUCCCAGUAGAUGUACCUGGUGAUAAAGUAGGGUUACAAAGGACCCAGUUACCAAUAAUGCUAUGUUGGGCAUUAUCCAUCCAUAAAUCGCAAGGUCAAACAAUACAACGAUUAAAAGUGGAUUUAAAGAAUAUUUUCGAAGCUGGUCAAGUAUAUGUUGCAUUGUCAAGAGCUGUUUCCAAAGAGCAACUACAAGUGUUAAAUUUCAGUCCAAGUAAAAUCCGUUCCAAUGACAAAGUGAAAGAAUUUUAUAAGAAACUAGAAACUGUAACUCCAUAA